AUCUAUCCUCUGCUUGUGGUCGGCCCUUUGGCUCAAACUAUUGUCCCUUAUCAGCCACACUACGCCGCUGUCAAAAUCUGGUUUGGCGCGAUCAUGCUGCAAGGUGCUGGAUGGUGUGUCGCUCUCAUGAUGUACGCCAUGUACACACAGAGGUUGAUGGUCAGCGCAUUGCCAGACCCGCCCACUAGACCUGGCAUGUUUGUGAGUGUAGGGCCAGCUGGCUACACUGCGCAUGCCCUCAUCUCCCUUGGUCGGCAAGCUCCCAAAGUAUUCGGUGACACUGAACUGUUUGGUAUCACUUCCCUUCCGAUGGGAGACGUGAUCAAAGUCAUUGGUAUCCUGGCAGGAUUCUUCGUGAUCUUGUUCUCUUUCUGGUUCUUCUGCGUCUCUUUAGUCUCAGUUCUUGCCGGAAUCAAGAAAAUGUCAUUCACCUUAAACUGGUGGGCAUUCGUCUUUCCCAACGCUGGUCUUACACUUGCUUCGAUCCAGACUGGAACUGCUCUGGAAAGCGCGAGUAUCAACGGUGUAUGCAGUGCACUGACUGUUGGGCUGGUCAUUAUGUGGAUCGUCUGCGCAUUUGCAAACAUUCGAGCUGUGUGGAUUGGGGAGAUCAUGUGGCCCGGAAAGGAUGAGGAUAAGACGGACAACGGUAUCAGUGGGGAGCACAUAUUGUAUAACGAGGCUACCGAGUUGAGGGCCCUGGACUAUUCAUAA